CAGUUCAGUGUCAUUGUUUUGUUCCGAGGGUAGCUUCCAAGUCCUCCUAUCCUAUUUUACACAGCAAGUUUGACCUUCAGGGCCCACCACCACUAUUCUGACGCUGCCUGUUGAUAGUGUAAGGACCCGACUGGCUGACAUGGGCGACACCUUGGGCGCGGCCUGAUGGCGGCUGGGAGUUGGCCCUGGCCGGAGGGACCAUCGCGUGCGUGGGGGGUCGCGGCGGGGCUUGAAGGAAGUGAAGGAGGCAGCAGGAGGAGUAGCAGGAGGAGGAGGAGGAGUAAUAGGCCCUUCAGCACCCGUUGGUCAGGUGACGGAGGGCAUCAUGGAGGCGGAGGAUCAAGAGUACGCGGACACUGGCGGCUCAGGAGUCAUGGUGUCCAAUCUGCCGCUGCUCUUCUCCGGCGGCAGUCCCUCCUCGCUGCGUGACAUGGCCCAGAAUGAGCUGGAGGUCUUCGUGCCCUUCAUGGUGAGGUGCAGUGUGGGGGAGGAGCGGCCUGUCCCCUGGUCCCAUUUUCCCAGACCCCCGUGGUGGCCCAAGAAACGCCCAUUCAGAAUGCCGCCUACCAGAAGUGCUUUGAUAGGGCUGGUGGAAAGAUGCUACUCGUUCCACGGUUGCGAGUACCUUCUUCAGUUCUGCGCGUCGCUCGUGGCCCAGAUGCCCUCCGCUGGAUACCGCUUCAACGACAACAGAGACGGCACCACCUCUAUGUACCACGGCAGCACUGGCAAGCUCCUCGUCACCUUCAGGAACGAGAACAGGGACUAUGACAAGUUUCAUAACAGCAGGAAGGGAAAGGAUGCCACCAAGAAGCUGCUGCUCUCCCCAACGUCAGGCAGUGGCGGCGGUGGUGGUGGGGGUUCCUCUGCUGCCAUUAUACAGCCAGAUAUUUACCUCUGUGACAAGUGUGAGAAUGAAUUUUACUCCCUGAAAGAAGUAAAGGCUCACGAGAGGCACUGCUGUGGUGAAGUGCCAUCCAGCCCACCCACGCCCUCCCCAGAACCUGAGGUGCCAGAUGAGGAGCCAGAGCCAACAGGACAGGUUCCAUUCCUCUCGUACUUCAACCUGCGGCCAGCACAGCACACUGGCCUGGAGCCACACAUGUCCCCUCGGAAGAAGAGUGUGAGCAGCCCCCCCGCCAAGCUGCCAGGACCCAUCUACCCACGCUACGACACCAUUGCCCUCUCCUCCCCACUUGGACGGUACCUCUUUGCACACUCAAAGUUCCGCAGUAAAUAUCAGGCCAGCCAGCAUGCCGUCAUGAGGUACGAGAGGCACCUUCAUGCCACACCCAAUGCUGACAUCAACUACAGGGAAAGAUGUACCAGUCGGUGGAUUGUGGUGUGGCGGAGUCGGAAGGAGCAGCAGCCGUGGGUCCAUCUCUACUGCUUCAACCGGGCACAGCGCAGGGAGCGGAUGAUUACCCUAAGAACAGGACUCACUAAGGAGAGCCGGCGCCUGCUGAGGCUGUGUCGGCCACUUGAGGUGCGGGUGAAGCGGAUGCCCAAGAGGAUGGUGGACCGCCUGCUGCGGCUCGGCACACCCAACUCUGCGCCGUGCAUUGACCUCACCGAUGAGCAGCAGCACCUGGUGGUGGGCCAGCCCCUGGCUCGACCACUAGACCCUCCACUUACCUACUGGGUGAGUCCUGGGGGGAGCUCCCUGGGGCACAGCACCAUGGAGCUGCAGUGGGUGACAGGACUGCCAGAGCAGAGCAGCACCCUGGCUCCCCAUUAUGCCUCACAGCUGGGAACAGGAAACAUGGUGGGCCUCACCGUGGGCCACCACAGCUCACUCAACCUGCUCUCCAUGGUGCCUGGCACCAUGCAGCACCAACACCAGCUGCCCCCUGGCCUCACCAUACAGCCAUCUCCACUGUCCUCCCGGCCACUGCUGCCUCUCGCUGCCAACAACAGUCACUUCAAGGCGCCGCAGAAUGUGCCAGUGGAGGAUGGUCUGGGGCGGCUGCACUUCCCCCUCACGCCAGACGUGUCCAUCUCCCCCAUCGGCGGCCCGGCACAGCCCACCCGUAGCCAGCUGGAGGCAGACUUCAUGAAGCCCCUUUCCAGGAAGAAAUUUCCCCACCUGAGCUCCAGUCCUGCAGUGCCUCAGGUCAGCAGGCAGCAGGCCAGGCCACCCAUGGCAUUCCCUGCCAACCAGCACCUGCACCCAGUGCCUCCGCAGCCCCCAGACUGGGAGAGGGUGCCCCGCGUAGGAGUUGGUGAGGGCAACAGCCUGCCCCACACCCAUCCCAGCUCUUCCAUCGAGGUCAUUGACCUGUCCAGCGAUGAGGAUGACUACGGCCGGGUGGGGUGCAGCCGCAGUGAGGCAGCCAACGCCCCGCAGCAGCUGGAUGGGCUCGCCUGCUACCCUCAUACUGGGGCCAAGGUGCCCUCAGAGUCGUCAGAAUAUUCUUUGUCAAAAAAUGGGAAUAGCCAUUGGUCGUCUCAACAAAAGUCUCACUGUGGAGCUGGACGCGUAGGAGACUUGGCGACCAAUGGCCAGCCUCCAAACGUCCCGCCCAGCCCCACCAUCCCACACCCCUGCCCUGACCUUGGCCCCAGUCCUAACCCCAGUCCCGAGGCACACCGGCCUAUAGAAAACAUGCGCAAGAGAAAGAUUGAAGAGGACGUGGCACCACAUGGAGACAAGACCAUUAUCCUGGACCUGUGCAGCCAGGGCAUGGUGGUGUCGAAGGUGAACCAUAGUCUCAGCCCCACCACCUCCACCAGUGAACACUGUGACCCGCCUCACAAGGAGCACUGUAGGAGCGGAGAGGUAUCCACGUCUUCCCUCCCUUACCCCACCAUCAACCAGACUAACCUCACCUCAGACACUUUCAGCUCUCUCCAAGUGGACCAAGGUCUCCCUUCCAGCCAGUCAGGGUGUGUGCAGCGUCGGGGCUCCGAGGACGCCCAGGGUAGCUCGUGGAAAGAGGGAAAGCCCAGGAUCAGAUUCCUAAACAGCCUGGUGAACAAAGGUGUAGAGUUCUUCAGAUCCUUUAUGAGUAAGGACAGCAAGGCCUUGCGGGUGUCCACGGGAACCUUUGCAGGAUCUCCAAGAUUGGGACGGGGCAAUCGUCGACGGGCACGGGCCAGGCCGGCCUCUGCCAAGGUAAGCUUCGAGGUACAGAGGCUGCUGAGGGAUGAGUGUCGGGAGCUGCGGCGCAGCGGCCUGCGGGAGCUGAGCCACCUGGACCCCCAGGGCAUCAGACUCACCCGCAGGACAGUGGGUCACAUUCUGCCAGGGACACAGCCUGCCAGGAAGAACCUUGGCCCCCGCUUGGGUGAGAACUGCCCACCAAACAAGAACAGCAGUAGGGCCAAGAAGGAGGAGGGGAGAGGAGGCCACAGAGAGGCAAUGGGCUGGGGCCCAGUCAGCCUCAAGUGUCCCGCUUUCCUCACCAUGGAUGAGAACGGUAACUCUGCCUCCUACAUCCAGACCGACACCAAGCAGCCGGCCAGCAGGGAGCGUCCUGGCCUGGCCUCGCGGGAUGAGAGUGGCUGGGGCGUGGCAGCCGAGGCUCCCAGGCAGUGGAAGGUUGGGGCGGCUAGUCUGCCCUCGCCAGUAGACAAGAGUGAAACUAAGUUUGCCAGUGGUAAUGUUACUGGGAAAAGUACAGUAUUCAGUGAACUUAGUGUCAGAAAUAGUGAGGUGUUGGUGAAUAGUUGUAGUGGUGCGCGGGGCAACAGUGUGAAUAACAACUUGCAAUAUACACAGUGUACUAGUACUGCAGGUGUAGUGAAUAGCAUACUGACUCCCACAGAGGUAGAGGCCAAAAAAAGAAACUUAUCCCGUGAUAGUGUGUCGGCCACGAGAAGAAUGAACAGCUUCACCAGGGGAAUGGGGCACCCCGUUGGUGUGCCAACAGGGAAGGCAGCAGUAGGGGAGAAAGUCACACCCGGCACACUGUGGGAUGCAGAUAACACCACUACCUCGGUGUGCAGCAUCAAAACCACCACCACCCCCCCGCCUCGCCUCACCAAGGACGUGCUCUCCUCCAGCCCAACAGCAGUGCGGCCAGAGCUGACAGGGAAGACUGCUGAGGAGUGUGGUGCCCAACUGGCCCAGUGCCCCCUGCCAGACCAGCUGCAACACUACCCAGCCAGCUCUGACGCUCCCCUGACCACCCACAGCCGACCCCACCUCACACUCCUCAAUUCCAUCAGGACCUCCCCAGCCAGCAAGCACCCUGUCCGGCCCCACAGCCUGGACCAGCAGCCCCCACUGUACCUCAGCGUAUCAGCCAAGCCUCAGAGUACAAACCAGAGGAAGAGAGCCAAACUGCACCGGGAGCUGAUCAACCUGGGCCGAGAUGAGUACAAGGAGAUCCGCGGCACAGGCUUCCAUCCCUCGGACUUCUUGGGACAUGAGGAGGUAAAGUACCUCAGCACCAGCUCAGACGAGGACGAGGCGCCCUCCCCUUCCACAUCCUUCAGCCGUCCCCAGCCAGCCAGGUCAGCUGGCGGCAGGGCCAGGGAGCCACCGCAGUCCACCAAAGUGAGCCGGGAGGUGGCCAGGCUGCUGAAGGAUGAGUGCAAGGAGCUGCAGGACCGCCAGUCUGGCAAGGACAAAUGUGACCGAGAUAGGGAGAGGGGCAGGUGUAGGAGCAUGCACCCUCAAGCCAAGCUGGGACACAUUGUUGCCGAUGACCUGGAGGUGUGGGGCAGCAGUAGGUGCAGCACGCGGUCCCAGGUGAACACUCAGCCUGUGGUGGAGACCUUCACCCCCCGGGACAGCCACCGCCACCUGCUGAGGUCAGAAGUGGCCAUGUGUGUGCUGAACUAUGAGUUACCAAAUAUUCACUAAGUCUGCAGGAAGGGGGACUUGUCUACACUCGGCAGGAUCUUCACCGUCUUUCAGUUUGGUUUAGUUCUUUGGUUUAGCCGGGAUGUCUUCUCUGCCACUGUCCGUGGCCGCGAGGAACCACACUGCACAUGGCUGCCACUUGGCCGUGCUGCUCAGGGACGGCCGAGAUCAAGCCUAGUGUUGGUGAGGAGCAUGUGUGUGAUAUUUAGCAAUGAUAUUCUGGUGGACUGGCUUGCUGGGACUGGCUGAGGGUCGGGAUCCUGGUGGAGCAUGUGUCAAGUGAGACUGGGCGACAUUUGGUAGGAGGGGACAAGCAUCAUCUUGACCCAUAACUCAUAAUAGUUUUCUGCACCACAUCUCAACAUUAAUCAGCAUUCAUUUGACUUCAUUCUGCCAUUCACUAUCUCAUGAAGCUAUCAACACACUUGUCUUGCAUUAUCAGCAUUAGUUAAUUUUAUUUGAUCUCAUGAACGAGUGCAUCAUUUCCUUGCCACUCUGAAAGCAUCUUUGUUGAGUGAAGGAUUCCAGCACAGACAGGAUACAGGAGGGUCAGUGUAGUCCAGGCAGAGAGGAAACACCACACCAGCAGUGACCAGGCUGGAGGCACACCACCACACUACCUAUUUCCUCCCAUCACCACAUGCACACACCUUAACUAAUUCUACUGUCUCAUACAUUUCAAGGUAUCAACGCUUUUUUUAAAAGUCUCUUGGAGAAAUUUACUUUUUUCUAAAGUAACAGCUUAAUUCUUGUAGGUGUGUGUGGGAUAGUGGUGUACCACCACUCAGUUGUUAUCAGUUUCUUUGUUGUCUUGACCAAAAAAUAUUACCAUGUAUUUUGGCAUAUAAGACAACGCAAAAGUAAAAAAAAAAAAUAAUAAUAAUCCUAUACACCAGUUAUGUUUUAAAAACAGUGAUCUUGAAAUUUUGUGCAAAAUACCAUUGUAUACAAACAACAACCUUAGAUUACAACUUUUGUAAAGUUAGAAAGUAAAAUCGGAAACUGCUGGCAUUGUAUACGAGUGGACAAAGCACAAGGCAGUAACAUUUUUCCCAGUUCCUCCCCCCCAAGUGAAAAAGGAGCUGUAUUUAUAAAGGUCUUGAAGACAUAGAGCUCCAAAACAAGCAGCAAAGAGAAGCAAACUGGAAGAAUGUCAGUGCUCUAAUCAAAAGAAACAUUAUAUAGAAGAUAACAGCCUGCAGCAUGACACACACAGGUGGUGCAAAGCAUGGGUUGGUUGAGGGUUCUGAUUGUAGUGCAGCUCUAGAUUUUAUCUUUGUCCAUCCAUCCUUUUCAUGACAGUGUAGUUUUGUACUUGAAGAUUAUAUCUUAUUACUGGCAAUACAUUCAAAAUUUUUUAUGCAGUACAUCACCAUCUCUGUUGUCUGGUGCUCACUGACCACAGAUGGUUUGGUAGUGUUAGUGUCAUUUUAUACCACUUACAUCACAGAUGGUUUGGUAAUGUCAGUGUCAUUUUUUACCACUUACAUCACCUAAAACCAUUAAAUUCACACUGAAAUUUCGGGUUCAUCUCAUCUGCUGAAAUAAGCGGUAUGUGGUUUUUUAAAACAAUGUUGUUUUAGGUGUUCAUAUCAGUUAUUAAUUUUGCUCAAUAGAUCUUUACUAGUUUUCUAGUGUCAAUAUAUUUAGUUUGUCAUUAAUAUAAUCAUGCGUACAUUUAGUGAGAGUAUUAAUGUAACAACAGAUGGUGAGAUUGUGCGGGUGAUGUGGUGCAGUGUAUGGGAACACCAGACCUGUACUACCUCUACCAUAAUGUUAUGAAGGUGAUAAUGCUCUCUGCCUUGGUGACCACUCAGUAUGUAUUGUAGUGAAGGGAAGCUGUGCAUCCACAGAACACAACAUAAGCCCCAGCCCAGCAGACCACAGCCAGCAGCCAGGAAGCCAAGGUCAGGGUUUAGCCUUGCCUGGUGUGAGGGUGCCACAUUUUGCACUGUGUUGAGUUACUGGCUCAACCUUCAAAGCUGUGGCAAGUAUUGGGCAAAGUUAAUGAGGUGAUUUUUGUGUUUGUAUUCACUUAUUUCUGCCUUAUUAUAUCACACCACAACUUGAGAUGUUGGGAUGUAGUGUGGCUGUACAUAGGUGGGCGUUAUUGUGACAAUUCAUUGCCGAUAAGGUUAUUGUUAGCGAUUUAUCGGUUAUCGUGAUCAAUUUUUUUGUCGUGCCCAGCUAUGGCUGUACAUAUAUAGUUAUUUUAAAACAACCCUUAGAACAAAGUUACUUGAAUACAAAUUACUCUUUACAAGUGUGUGUUUUGCCGAGUUAUUUAUUGGUGGUGUUGGCUUCCUUCCAUCAGUGUGACAUGCCCAGCUUGGCUCAAAGGAAAUGGGGAGGGGGGUGGGGUAGGGGCAAUGGGUGUGGUGGCCAGGGGAUGAGGAUGAGGGGAGACACCAAGUUAUUAAGGGGUAGGAGGGGAGAGCACUGGUAGUGACUGGCAUUGUUAUGGCAUCACUGCUGUGCUCAAAGCAGUGAGUCAGUCACACACACACACACCACCUGGAGUGUUGGCUCAGGCACUGCUGAGAGGCACAUCACCACACACAACUAAUAAACAAACAUGAAUUAUUUUUAAUUAUGGGAUGUUAAGUCUUGUCCCAUGGCUCAAGUUUGUGACGACACCAAGGCCACCAGAAGUGGUAGGUGAUGCCCCACUGUGGCCUGGUGCGCUCUGG